AUGGUAGAAGGAAGACAGGCUUAUAAAUCCUACAUUCUCCUUGGGAAAUCUUCACUCUACAAGCAGCAGCCAGUUGACAGUUUUCAUUUUACGUGUUUAAUUUCAAAAUCAUUCCGUCGCCGUUAUAAAAUAUCUGAAGAGGGACAAGGGAAAGCCAAGAGAAGCGGAAUAGUGCACGCCGAGGUCUGGAUCUGGGGCCUUACAAAACUACAGCAGGUUUGGGGCAAAGCUGUAUUUGGAGUGUCCAGAGCUGCAGACCUCAGGAACAGCAGCACCAUCACAGAGUUCGUCCUGGUAGGCUUUGAGCACAGCUCCCCUUCCACCCGGGCCUUGCUCUUUGCCCUCUUCCUAGCCCUCUACAGCCUCGCCAUGGCCAUGAAUAGCCUCAUCAUCUUCAUCACGUGGACAGACCCCAGGCUCAACAGCCCCAUGUACUUCUUCCUCGGCCACCUGUCCUUCCUGGAUGUCUGCUUCAUCACCACCACCAUCCCCCAGAUGCUGAUCCACCUGGUGACCAAGAACCACACCGUCUCCUUUGCCACCUGCCUGACCCAGAUGUACCUGGUCUUCUGUGCGGGUGUGGCGGAGUGCAUCCUCCUGGCCUUCAUGGCCUACGACCGGUAUGUUGCCAUCUGCCACCCGCUCAACUAUGCCCAGAUCAUGAGCCGGCAGGUCUGUGUGAGGCUGGUAAGUACUGCCUGGGUCUUUGGCAUGAUCAAUGGCAUCUUUCUUGAGUAUGUAUCAUUCCGGAAUCCCUUCUGCAGAGACAACCAUAUAGAAAACUUCUUCUGUGAGGCCCCCAUAGUCAUCGCUCUGUCCUGUGGAGACCACCAGUUCAUCAUGAAGAUGAUCUUCGCUGAUGCCAUAGUGGUGCUGCUCAGCCCCAUGGCGCUCAUCGUAAUCUCCUAUGCCCUCAUCCUGGCCUCCAUCCUUGGCAGAGCCUCCUCCUCGGGUCGAGGGAAGACCUUCUCCACGUGUGCCUCCCACCUCACCGUGGUCAUUCUUCUGUACACCUCAGCCAUGUUCUCCUACAUGAACCCCCGCAGCACACACGGGCCUGACAAAGACAAGCCUUUCUCCCUGCUCUACACCAUCAUCACCCCCAUGUGCAACCCCAUCAUCUACAGUUUUAGGAACAGAGAGAUGAAGGGGGCCAUGGUGAGGGCCCUUGGGAGGGCAGGCCUGGCCCAGGCAGAGUCUGUCUAG